UUUGCUGCGAGUGAACUGCACCGGUGGUGGCAUAGCACGGGGAAAUCGCGCGCACUCUCUCACUGUAUUGCUGUCAGUCAACGGUGAUCUACGUGUUCUGAUCUGCUGGGGAGUUGGAGUCAUUUUUCUACGUUUCGUAUAUUUUUAAAACUAUUUCUCAGCGGAGUGCAGCUCGGUGGAGAUGUCUCGACCUGCCCCAAUGAAUCCAACUUUUCUACCUCCAACACACGGGGUGUUGAAAUCUCUUCUGGAAAAUCCGAUGAAACUACCGCUCCGCCAUGAAGGAUUUGAGAAGGAGGAGAAAGCGAAGUCCUUGGAGGAUGAUAGCGCUGCUCCGCAGUCCGCUUUCCUGGGGCCCACUCUGUGGGACAAGACGCUGCCGUACGAUGGCGACCACUUCCAGCUCGAGUACAUGGACCUGGAGGAGUUUCUGUCAGAGAACGGUAUCCCGUCGAGCCCCGUUCAGCACGAACGAAGCCACCAGCCCCAGCACCAGCACCAACACCAACACCGGCACCAGCACCAGCACCAACAGCGCCCGGUCUUGCCGACGCAGACUCCGUCGUCGGUUGUCAACCUCCUCAACAGAGCCGCCAGCGCCACUAUGCCUCCCCACGGUUGCCUCCCCAACACAGCGCAGUCAGUGCUGCCGUCUUCGCGCGACACCCCCAGCCCCAUCGACCCCGACAGCAUCCACGUGUCCAUGAGCUACCAGCCGGACCCCGCGGACCUGGCGCUGUCCAGCGUGCCGGGCCAGGAGAUGUUCGACCCGCGCAAGCGCAAGUUCUCCGAGGAGGAGCUCAAGCCUCAGCCCAUGAUCAAGAAGGCCCGCAAAGUCUUCAUCCCCGAUGAGAUGAAACAGGAUGAAAAGUACUGGGCCCGGCGACGGAAGAACAACCUGGCGGCCAAGCGCUCGCGCGACGCCCGCCGCCUCAAGGAGAACCAGAUCGCCGUGCGCGCCAACUUCCUGGAGAAGGAGAACUCCGCCCUCCGACAGGAAGUGGCCGAGCUCCGGAAGGAAGUGGGCCGCUGCCAGAACGUCAUCGCCAAGUACGAGGUGCAGCACGGGCCCCUGUGAAAGACCCUGAGAGACCCCGUCCACCCCAUCAUCUCCACACACACACACACACACACACACACACACUGCUGAACCCUGACCUUUCAACCAUGACCCCACAUCUCCACUCCCUCACAGUGAGUUCAGCAGGGCUUUUGAAGGAGGGUGUGUGAGAGACCCGAGACCUCCUCUGAUGGUCAGCACACACACUCACAGACUGACCGGCACCGCGGCCCUCUCUCAGCCAGACGGCAGCACUCACUCUGGGAUCCGCCUGCCUUUGAUCCGGCCUGGACGUGGCCCACGUCCGGCCCCGAUCCGUUCCUGAACAUGUCUGCUCUGUGUGGUGACCCGUAAAGCUGCAAACAGACCCCAAGAUCUUUAAUGCUGAUUUGAAAGCAAAUGGAAUGGAAUGUAGUGCAGACAGUCAAAUGUAAUCUGACGUAAUAUGUGGUAGUCUUAUCACGUUGGUGUGUUUGGCUGCCACGUCGGAAUCAAGGUGUGUGUGUUUGGCCGGCACACUUGAGAUUCUUACCAUAGUGGAGACAAUCAGGAUUCAAUCAUCAUCAUCUUCAUCAUCAUCGUUCAACAUGUCUGCUUCUAUCUAAUCAAUCAUAAGGUCUGUUGGCGGCUUUAGAGAGGUCACUGCCACAUCAGGUACACUACUUUUCUAUGUCAGAAGGUUACUCUACAGAGCAGAGUAUCACCCUAUAUAUAUAUAUAUAUAUAUACUGUAUAUAUACGUACAGUAGCCCAGUUUGAUUCCUCUGGGUUUUUUCUCUACAUGUUUAUCUUGCCAGCUUGUGCAGAAAUGCUACCUUGUGAAAUAGCCUCCUGGUGUUCCCUCUGCUCUCCUACACUCUGAACAUGUUGACAUGGUGGAAGGUUGCUGUUGUUGUUGUUGUUGUUGUUUGUUGAUGUCAUGUCUGUAACCUCGUCCUCAUGAAGUGCUGAUAGCAAUCGGGUCACGCUUCUGGCUCAAUCAGUGUGAAGACAAUCUGAUCUGGCCCUGAUGUGGCCCUGAUCCGCAUGGCUGUUCGGUGAGGAAGUUAGCCUGCGAAUGACAGCUGAUUAGUGUGUUAGUGUAUUUCCCCACCUCACAUACACACGACACACGUAUGUAGGUGGGUCUGUGUUCACAUAUGUAUAGAUGAGAAUGUUUGUGUGUGUGUGUGUGUACUGAUCCCAAGAGUAGACACAUACAGUUGACACGAUGGCUAUGGAGAUUCACCUGUACACACACCUGACCUCUCCAGCCUGCACCCCUAGCUACCUCUGAAGCCGUCGUGUCGUAUGUCCCCAUGUGACCCAGGGGUGCUCACGUGGGCCGCAUCAGAGCCAGACCUGGGCCAGGUCACAGCCGGAUUCAGUGGCGUGCCCCUCUGUGAAGUAUGUAGUGUUGCGGGCCCUCGUCAGGAUCGUGUACACUGUACAGUACGUCUGUCUUGAGUCUGAAGUCUCGUCCGUUGGCCACCCUGAACCAGUGCAAUAUCACGUGAUCUCUUCAACUCAUCUGAUCUUACACGAUGUCCGACACAGUCACAACCCUCCUCUCUUUGUUGUCAUUUGUUUAGAGACAAUGUCAUAUGGGGGCAAUUGCUCUGUCGCUAGUUUGGAGUUUAACACGGUUUUAAACUCCAAAUCCAAACUCAAACUCCAGUUUAAAAACCGUGUUAAACUCCAAACUAGCGACAGAGCAAUUGCCCCAUGUUGUUGAUUUGUUUGUUUAUGUAUGUGUUAUCGUUUUUUUUUGUUCAGGUGUUCUAUGUAGUUUUUUUUUUUCCUUUCCUUGUAUGGUGAAGUCUAGAAAUCCCAGUAACUCCCAGGGUGCAGGGUAGGCCCUCUGGUGGUGGACAGCUGUCAGAUGAAUGUAAAAGGUGUAAAUAGGAUGGCGCAGAGAACAGCUUUGGGUGAAGUGUCCCCACCGAGACACACCUUUCUUAUUUACACUCAUUUCCACAGACCAAAAGCUAGAACUCAAAGGACUUCUUCUUGUGAUAAUGAACUAUUUUAAUGUUUAUACAGAGCUAUUCUUGUUAUGUACAGUAUUUUCCUAAGAUGACUUCUAAAGAUGUAUUUUAGUGUGUGUGUGUGUGUACAGUACGUGCAUGCGUGCGUGUGUUUGUGCAUGCAUGCAUGUGUGCGUGCGUACGUGUGUGUGUUUGUAUGUUUGUGCGUGUGUGUGUGUGUGUGUACAGUACGUGCAUGCGUGCGUGUGUUUGUGCAUGCAUGCGUGUGUGCGUGCGUGCGUGUGUGUGUGUGUGUGUGUGUGUGUGUGGCUGGCAUGGUGUCUGUGUGCCAGUCUCUCGGGCAUUAGUGUCCUGUGCCAGCAGGAAGAGUGGGGCCCUCGUGACCCUUCAGACUUUCUCUUACGCUCUCUUGUCUCCCUCUUUCUUUACACUCCUCUUUCCUCUCUCUGUCCAUCCUCCGAAACACGCGCCUUUACACAGAUGGUAUUUACGUCACUCUUGACUGUAGUCUGUUAUCUGGGCCUGAAGUGGCCCAAGCGUGAGCCAAGUCUCGGCCGCCUCUGUGCCGACCUCAUCCCGUUACCCGGGUAACCUCUCUCUCCAUCUUCAAAAUGCAUCUCUCUAUCCUCUUUCAUUCAGUACCUGAACAGGCCUCUUUCACUUCUGGUCCUUUUUUCCCCACAUGAUAAUCCCCACGUGUCUUGUCAGUGGUUUUUAAGCUGUUCCCCAGUAAAAAUGAGAGAGUGUUUAGUUUAGCUGAGAUUGUAGUCAUGUUAUGUGUUCACAUAGACAGGCCUUUGCUUCUGUUUGCCAAAAGUCUAAGGAAUGUAGAAGGGUCUUUCGUGAGUGGUGAUAUCAGAAUGGCGUUGCCAUGGCAUCGGUGUUCCGAGGAUGUCACGGCAACGGGAGAUUAUCCAGUAUCUUUGUCCAACCUCCUUUUGUCAUUCAUGUCGAAGUUCUAUUUUUUUUUCCUUUGCUCAUGACCAAAAUAAAAAUGUAGAAACUCUU